AUGACACAACCCCAGAAAACGAUAGCCGUGGUGAACGCGGCCGGGCGACAAGCGGCCUCGCUCAUCCGGGUCGCCUCCGCCGUCGGAUAUGCGGUGCGCGCGCAAAUCCACUCCCUCAAAGGGCUCAUCGCCGAGGAGCUGCAAACGCUCCCCAAUGUGACCCUGCUGCAGGGUCCGCUCCUCGACAAUCCCGCCCUCAUGGACACGCUCUUCCGAGGCGCCCACUACGCUUUCAUCAACACCGUCUCCCAGGCCGGCGAUGAGGUCGCCAUUGGUCGCGCCCUCGCGGACGCUGCCAAACGCGCCGGCUCCAUCACGCACUAUAUCUACAGCAGCAUGCCCGAUCACUCGGUACAUGGACCCUGGCCGGCCGUCCCGCAGUGGGCGCCUAAAUUCACCGUCGAGAAUUACGUGCGACAGCUCGGUCUACCGGCGACGUUUGUCUAUGCGGGGAUCUACAACAACAACUUCACCAGUCUGCCAUAUCCACUCUUUCAGAUGGAAUUGAUGCCCGAUGGCAGCUUUGAAUGGCACGCGCCCUUUGAUCCCGAGACCCCGCUCCCUUGGUUAGACGCCGAGCAUGACGUGGGACCAACCCUGUUGCAGAUCUUCAAGGACGGUCCUAAGAAGUGGCAUGGACAUCGCAUCGCUCUGACUUUCGAGACCCUCUCACCAAACCAAGUCUGCGCGGCGUUUACCCGCGCCCUAAAUCGACCGUGCCGCUAUGUGCGCGUACCUAAAAUCGAAAUCAAAGUCAAAAUUCCCCCAGGGUAUCGAGAACAGUUGGAGGCGUUGGAGGUCCUCUUUGGCGCAUACAAUGCGCCCUAUUUCCCACAGCCCGAGUUCUCGCAGCCGGCGGCCGGAUCACCAAAGGGUAUUGGUCCCGCUGGAGGCAAAGGUGCCGGUGCCGGCAUGAUGCAGGGACCGGGAGGUGUGGUCUCGUUGCGGGUCACGGAUGAGGCCCGGCAUCUCUGGCAGGGAUGGCGCGACAUGGAGGAAUAUGCGCGCGAGGUGUUUCCGGUCGAGGAGGAGGCAAAUGGACUGGACUGGAUGCUCUGA